GCCAGUUGUUACGCAGAUGAGACAGGAGCUGUGUGGUGGGAGCUUGAUUUUUCUCGAACUGUUCCCUCUUGGAAAGGAAGCCGAUCAAUCACCAGCCCGACAGCUGUUACUGGAAGGUGCUGCCACUGCUGAGAACGCCACCCCAAUGGAGACGGAGCGCAGGAACAGCAUCUCCAUAGGAAACCAGGAGGCGACAGGAGAAGGGUUUGCAGUUCCUUUAAGAUACAGAUGCCACCUCAAUGAGUGAGCGCCGUUUCUGAGGUCUUCCCCUUAUCUCAGCCACGAGCGGGGCUGUUCCGUGAGGGAAAACAGGCCCCUUGGCAAGGAUCUGCAGCUUGUAUACAGGAAUGCAUAAAAAACAGUUCUGCAGCCUGACAGCGCGUACCUGCAGCAGGAGGGAACCGGCAGCAGAAGUAAACCGCCUUCCCCAGCCGGACAGAGGGAUCCCGGUGCCCCCGCAGCUGGGGAGGGGACCCAGCGCCUUCAUCCCCGCGGAGGAGAUCCUGCAGGAGGGCAUUGAGAGCAGCCGGCGGCAGCUGCUGAUCGAAGCGUUCGUGUCGGGCGGCCGCGUGGACAACAUCACGAUGGUGAUGGGGCUGCACCCCCAGUACCUGAGCAGCUUCUGGAAGACGCAGUACCUCCUGCUGCGCAUGGACGGGCCCCUCCCCUACCACAAGCGCCACUACAUCGCCAUCAUGGCAGCAGCCCGGCACCAGUGCACCUACCUGGUGGGGCUGCACAUGGGGGAGUUCCUGCAGGCGGGGGGCAACCCGGCGUGGCUGCAGGGGCUGCACUGUGCCCCCCAGAAGCUCAGGAACCUGAAUGAGAUCAACAAGCUGCUGGCGCACCGGCCCUGGCUCAUCACCAAGGAGCACAUCAAG